CCAGUGACGUCACGUAGCACUUCCCGCUGCUGAGAAAUCGAAACUUAAGAGGAAUAGAAAACACCCCUGGUCGUCACUCGCUACGGCUCCGUUACACUCAAAGAUCAUGGCUUUUCCGCAGCAGCAGCAGCACCCGUUUUACAACCCGAAAAUUCCUUUUACUGGCUCUAUCUUUGGUGGCCUGCAAGAGAGCAAGUCCAUCACCAUCAAUGGGCAUGUCAGUGCCUUUGCCAAGAGGUUCCAUGUGAACUUGCAGUGUGGUGCCAGCAACAAGGCAGAUGUUGCUCUUCAUUUCAACCCUCGAUAUGACAGUUUCUUUCAAGUUGUGGUGGCCAACACCAUGCAGAAUGGCAGUUGGGGGAAGGAGGAGAGGAAAAACGAAUGCCCCAUAGCCACUGGCUCCACCUUCUCUCUCAUCAUUACAGUCACCCGAAACUGCUUUCAGCUGAAUAUCAAUGGCUCUCACUUCAUGGACUACAAUCAUCGUAUACCAUUUCAGCGGGUGGACACCAUCUGCAUAGCUGGGACUGUAGAGAUUUCCUCCAUCAGUUUCCAGAACGCUGUGUGUCCUAGCCAGCCUGGAUAUCCUGGUCCGCCUGUGUACCCAGGACAUCCAGUGUGCCCAGGUCCACCUAUGUACCCAGGAUUCCCAUCCUGUCCACCAUUCCCAUCUCAGCCAGGGUUCCCACCUCAACCAGGAUUCCCCGCUCAACCAGGAUUCCCCGCUCAACCAGGAUUCCCCAUUCAACCCGGAUUCCCCACACAACCAGGAUUCCCCACUCAACCUGGAUUCCCCACUCAUCCAGGAUGUCCAGUGCCCAUGCCUACUGUUCCGUAUCACAGUGGCAUCAGUGGUGGACUUCACAAUGGCCGGACUAUCUCCAUCCAGGGCACAGUUCACCCUAAUGCUGAGAGGUUCACUGUGAAUCUUAGUCACAAUGCUGGUAUUGCCCUGCAUUACAAUCCACGAUUCAAUGAGAAAACUGUGGUUCGAAACACCAUGAAGCAAGGACAGUGGGGGCCUGAGGAACGUGACGGACCCAUGCCCUUUCACAAGGGGCAGCCUUUUACGCUGGUCAUCAUAUGCGAGAACAACUCCUUCAGGGUCGUUGCUAAUGGAAAUCACACUCACACCUACAGACAUCGCUUCAAUCGCCUGCAUCAGAUCACCACCCUGGAAAUCAAUGGGGACAUCAGCCUGACUUCUGUCACAGUGUAGAGAUGCACAAUGCAUCCAAUGUGUCACAAAAUGCUUCACAUCAGUACUUCAAAUCCUGUUUGUAUUGAUGAUCUUUGCAAUUGUGUUUACACAUACAUACAACAAUAUGAAUAAAGCCAUUGAGAUGAACUCAGA